GUUCCUCCAACCAGCUCUGGCCAUAAUAAAACAUUUUUCCCUCCAUGGCACCAGUAGCCUUGGUGCUGCUUCCAUUCACUGGUCCGAGGAGGAACCUUUUGAAGCACAUGGAGGAGGACUUGGCUGCGGGGACAUAAAUCAGGGUCAGGCUCUGCAGGCUCAAGUGAAAUGUAAAACAGUUGACAGGAGGCAGGCAGGCAGCAGCAGGUGAAGCGUGAAGCCACAGUCGGGCUGUGAUAACGCCCGGCCAGCGGGAAGCCAUCAGCCGCUUCUCUCACUUGGCCGCUAUUAAGUCAACGCUCACAUUUCCAGCGGGCACAGAGCAGAGCUGCACUUCUCACGUUCACUUCAUGGCUCAUCCUGUCGUCCCCAUCGCGCUGUUGGUGUUUGGACUUGUUGCGAUCCUGCUCCUGACGAUCCCCACGGAAGACGUCCGGGAGGCACCGGGGUUCAUGUAUGGCAUUGUCUUGGAUGCUGGAUCUUCGCACACAGCUUUGUAUAUAUACAAGUGGCCAGCAGACAAACAAAAUGGCACAGGUGUGGUCACCCAGCACAAGGAAUGUCAUGUUAUGGGCGGAGGAAUAUCCAGCUAUGCGGGCCAACAGGGAAAAGCAGGGCAAAGCUUAGAGGCAUGUCUGGACCAGGCAGUGAAGGACAUCCCCAAAGAAAGACACCAGCUCACACCUGUGUACCUGGGAGCCACAGCUGGCAUGAGGCUUCUGCAUAUCUCCAGCCCAGAGCAGUCGAAUCAGAUUCUGCAGGAAGUGGACCACAAAAUCCGGUCUUACCCUUUCAGCUUCCGGGGGGCAGCCAUACUGAGCGGUCAAGAGGAGGGGGCGUAUGGCUGGGUCACCGUCAACUAUCUCUUAGAGAACUUCAUAAAGUAUGGUUUCGUAGGGCACUGGUUAAGCCCCGGCAGGCCCACAGUAGGAGCGCUUGAUUUCGGCGGGGCGUCCACCCAGAUAACAUUUGCAACCCAGGAGGAAGUAGAGGACGAACACGACAUGAUGAAGCUGCAUCUUUAUGGCCAUCGGUACUCCCUGUACACACACAGCUACCUGUGCUACGGGCAGGACCAGGUCCUCAAGAGACUGCUGGCUCAUAUAGUGAAGACUCAGGAUUACUCUGGGUCAGUCACUCACCCCUGCUACCCUGCAGGCCACAAUAAAACGUUAAAGUUGAACAGUAUAUUCAACUCUCCGUGUACGGAAAAGUACAAACCCAGCUCCUACAACUCCCAGGCCUCUCUGACAGUACUAGGCAGUGGACAUUAUGAACACUGUCGGGGAAACGUGUCCGAGAUCUUCUCCUUCGUCAGCUGCCCCUUCUCCCAGUGCUCCUUUGAUCAAGUCUUCCAGCCAAAUGUCACCGGUAGCUUCGUGGCGUUCUCUGCAUUCUACUACAUUCACUCCUUCCUGCAGCGUGUCACUGGUAUCACUGUGAGCACCCCUUCACAACUGGAGGAGGCGGCCAAAACUGUGUGCACGAUGAAUAUUCACCAAAUGCUGAAUCUUGCUCCCGAGCAGAAGUCUCGUUUGCAGGACUACUGUGCUUCCUCUGUGUUUGUUAAUAUUCUCAUGUUGAGAGGAUACAGCUUUGAUGAGACGUCGUUCCCACGCAUUUCCUUCCAGAAGAAGGCGGGGGACGCCUCAGUGGGUUGGGCUCUGGGCUACAUGCUCAGUUUGAGCAACAUGCUGCCGUCAGAGAGCGCAGGGUUGAGGAAGGCCCUCACCCCGGGAGCGUGGGGAACACUCAUCUUUCUCUUUGUCCUCCUGUUGGCAGCUGUCCUGGUCUUCAUCUUACUGCGAGCUUGUUCUGACAAGAAUAAAGGAGGCAGUGAAAGCAACAUCUAGAUACUGCAACAACAUACAGUGCAGUCUGACAACAGAAAGACAGUGAUACGUUUUUUUUUGUGUUGGCCCUGUAUUCCAGCACAUUGGACCUGAAUAUGAGCUUUACUGUAUUGAAGGGCGUUCACAUUAUAAUAGGUGAACAGUGUAGGAACUGUUUCUCUUUUUAUACAUAGUCCCCCAAUUUUAAGUUAAUGCAGCAGAGCAAUGAUCCUAAACAUAGAGACUGCUCUAUAUAUUCACUGACUGCAAAGGAUCUGACUACAAUCACAUACCUCUAAUGACUUUAUGUGCACAUAUACUAACUUGUCCAGUUACUCUAUGUCCCCUAAAAUUAUAGGACUGUGUAUAAAAAUUACUACAACUCCUUCACUGUUCAUCUGAUUGGACUUUUUUGUUGUUUUUUUUAAUCCAAAUACGAAAUUUAGUACACAACCGACACAAUGAAAACGUGCCACUAACCAAAUACUGUCUGGCUGAGGUUCAUAAACAGUACUCCUGUGGUAGCAUUGGCACUACACGGGAGGUCUGAAUGUAACUUUUAUUCUUAAAAAAUUCGAACCAAUUUUUGGUUGUAUGGAAUGUCAUACAUUUUUGUAGAAGAUGUGACUGUAUUCGGAAGCCCUGUUACAGUAAAAUUUAGACUAUACACUAUGGAGAUAACUACCAGUUUUAUAUGUAAAUAAUAACUAUUUUACUUUUUUUUGUAUUCAAAGAGGUUUUUCAGGUGGGAGUUUUUAUUCACAUUUUAGUCUAGAUUAAUUAAUGUUAAAUAAUUAAUCAUGUACAAGUUUGAUGAACAACAGGUGUUUGCGUAUUAUAAACAUUUGUUAACAAACAAUCUGCAGUCUCUGAGAACCUUAAAGCUGAGCGGAAGAGGUUAUUACCUUAUUGUAACCGACUUGACACACUGCUCAGUAAAACCAGUUAAACAGUUUUAGUCAGUAAGGACAGAAAAACUAUCAUGGCGUCUUUCAACAAAGAUUUAAUUGUCAGAAUUGAAUUGAAUUGACUUGACUUGACUUGUACUACACUGUAUUACACUGUGAGGCUUGUUAAACUGGAUUUUAUUACACAUGAUGUGUUGUGUUUGUUGGGCCCACCCCCUCUGUUACAGGUAAAACACACACAAAAAAAAUUACAUUGUACAGCAAAAGGCUGAUCAGUGGUCUUAAACAUUAUCAUUUAGGGUACUGCAUGUUAAGACGUUUGUGCUGUAACAUAAACACAUUCCGAUACGUAGCUACAAGGUGUGCUGGUAUGAAAAAAAGCAAAGGUAACUGUGCCAAAUAAAAAUUCUGGCAGCAGCUAUUCAGUGUCUGGACAGCUUUUCUAAGAACUUCCAAGAAGUUUCAGAUCCAUUAAAGCGCCCCUUGCAUGUUGGCUUUUAUGUUUAUUGUAGCACUUUUCAAAUUGUUCUCAUUGCAUAAUAUCGUUGUGCUUUUAAAAAAUAUUGACAAUUAGUCCUAGUGAAAGUUGGUGUAGGUUACUGUGCGUCGCUUUCAACCCAUUCAGUCAAUAUUCAAUGGAACAAGUGUGACAACAGAUUAAAGAUAGAUAUAGAGUAUUGAUUAAAUAAAUGUUAUACCUUACCAACAUUUUAAGUAGAAUUAGCCACAUUAGAUGCUUUGUUAUUAUUAAGUCAUUGUGAAUUUUGAAUUACAUUUCUCUCUGUGUGGUCAUUUUAUAUGUUUUACC